ACGAUUUGGGUUCUUUGAGCGUAAAUAAACACCACAAUAUUAUAAACGAAGAAAAAAGAUCCAAAAACCUAUUGUUAAUAACUUCUUAAGUAAAUUCGAUUUUGACUUUUUCACUCUUCACUGUUUGAAACAAACUAUUAAGGUUUUUAUUUACUUCGUUAUUUAAGACGGUUUGUUUUGAAAUACACCUUACUGCAGAAGUCAACUUCCUAAUAUCAAUCAGGACGGAUUAACAUGGAAAUCACAGAAAUGCAGGAUCCUUUGGGGGCUUCUGCUUAUUCAGUUUUUCCAAUACCAUUGGAUAAACACAAUAAAAAGUCAGUCUUCUAUACAAGGUUCCUUACACCACAUAAAUUUGCUUUAUGUUUAUUAAUUGAAUUUUACGCUCAACAUGCUACCGCUCCAAGUUGUUCUACUUCAUUUCUAGAUAUAGUUUUAGAAUACUUUGACUCAUCCAAUUCGCUACCUCAAAGUUUGAUCGACCUACAUAAUAUUACAGAAAAAGUUCCAAGCACUAUAGAUGGCUAUACUGUUUAUGACUUAUUACACGAACGUCUAUGGUCCUUGCAUUCAUAUGAAGAUAUUCAUGAAAUUUUUAUGUCUUUGGGAAGUUACAUUACGAACUUGUAUGAGCCUGAUGAGGUGCCGCCUUCUCACAUGUUGUUCUCGCCGUCUUCUAUUUUGUCUGUCUUUCUACGAAAAUGCGUGGUAGAAUAUGAACAGUUAUCUUUUGAACAAGGGGUUGAAUUCUUUAAGUCUUUUCUCGAAUACCGAUCACCUUCCAUGAGUUUUCGUAAAGACGGAGUGGAAUACUGUAAAGUGAAUGUGAGACAUGAACUAUUGGGACUAGCAAGCAACGAAAACUUACUCCAACUUGCAUUCGGAAGCACUCCAGGUUGUCAUGCAACGCAAGAUAUCGAACGACUUAUCCAACUACAAAUUCAGCACAUGCAACGUUACGGAUGUUUUUUACCAGAUGAAAUGAAACGUAAACUACACGAUAUUUUAGAAGCCGAAGGGAAUCACUUGAAUACGAGCUACCAUUUCAGAUUUUUAAACGCUUGGUUCAAAGGAGAUUAUCAACAAUCCAUCGAGAACCUUUGCAGAUACUUUGACCAUGUCAUGCAUUCAAAUGAACGGGUCUCCUAUCAAUACGCUUUGCUCAAUCUUAGUAUUUUACAAGCUGACUUUGGAUGCGACAAAGAAGCACUUCGCGCUAUUGAAGAUACUAUAAACACUGCACGGGAAAGCGGAGAUAUUGCUUGCCUAAAUUUUGCUUUGGCUUGGAUGUAUGAAUUCAAACGAUCUCAACUUCCUUCUUCUAAAGAUAAAAACCCUGAAGAAGAAUACCAUAUCCUGGAGCAUUUGGCUGUUAAUAGUCAAGGUGCUCAAAUUCCUGUUCUACAGUCAACGGUUCAUCUGAUGCAAGCCCAGCAUUUCUUUGAUAACGGAAACAAUAUGGUUGGUGUUUUCUCCAAUUUAACAAAAUCGUUUGCUUUACAGUGCCAGAGUGAAUCUUUCCAUAGCUUUUCAAGAUAUAUGGAUCUUAUGCAAGAAACAUGGUAUCGACUGGGCUGCUUCUCUUUGUGUAUCAAUUAUAUCAAUAUUUAUCAAAAUAGCUUUUUCCAGGAAGCUUCGGUGAUUGAUUUGGUGAAAAGCUAUAUGAAUAAAGCCAGAAGACUAGUUGAAAAUGGUAAUUGGUCGGACGUUUCUGCAACUUUGCAAAUGGCUAAAAUGGAGUCGGAACGUUCUUUCCAGUCGGUUCAUUUCUAUGGUCGUGAGAAAUGUUUCUUAUAUUUGGAUAAAGCAAUAAACGAAAAAAAUUAUAAGACAGCAAAUUUUCUUUUAAAAAGCUUGAAUGGUUUUCGACAUAGUAAGGAAUCCUUAUUCAAAACUCAUUAUUAUAGCCUUAAGCUUGAUAUAAGUUUGGGCAACUUCAGUCAGUCUAUAGAUGCAAUCGAGAAUCUUUUGGAGGACGCUACGAAUCUUACAGUUGAGUGGAAAGUUAAGUUAAUGCUUCUCAAAGUUGACAUUUACAUUAAAACGAACGUUCGACACCGAGCUAUUUUUGAACUUCUAAAUGUUAUCGAAAUCUCCUCGUCUUCAUUCUUGAGACUUUAUCUUUUAGAAGCAUUAUGUCUUUUAUGCUUAAUUGGAAAUCUGGAUUGCAUCAAGGCUUCUGAGCUUCUAGACUCGUUAAUACCCCAGAUAAUUGCGUCCGGUAAUAAGGCAUUGAUGGCAUUAUCAUUUUAUACAUACGCGUCCAUUCAAAUAUCCAGCUAUGACAAAUUGAAGACGCCAAGAAUAUUUAUUACAAAACUUUUGGACAAUGCAUUUGAUGGUUACAAAAACUGCCAUAUGAAAGAUAUGCAACAGCGUAUAGCUCUUUUAAGAAUCCGAUUUCUCAAGCAGAUCAGUGAUAACCAAGCAAGUCGCUAUGCUGAACAAUAUUAUAAAGAGCUUUAUAUGCAAAACAAGUGAAGACUGGUUUAGAUUUAUUGAACGCCAGAUUAUGUCGGUAAUCACGAUGAGACGAAUAAUGACCACGCAAUAAGUUGCCGAGUACUGCCUUUUACCAACUAACUACCCUUUACGUACGACUUCUAUCUUUAUAAUUAUACUACCUACUACAUAAUUACUUAAGCUACUUCUGAGAUUACAAAUGGACUAAUUAAUCCAUCAAAAAUAAUAUAAAAUAACUGAAAGGAACAGCAAUCUUUGAUCUAGAUGAAAGUAUCAUAAGGAGCAGGAUGAAGAGUGAUGGGUUUGUUUUGCUCAGUAGCAGCAACGAAGUGGGCCUUAACAGGGGGGGCAGGUUGACGACGGAGUUGGACGGUCUUACCUUCAGCCUUGGCUUCCUUACGCUUUUGCUCGUUAAGCUUGACACGGUUCAAGAAAUCUUGACGGCACUUAGAGUGCUUAACGUGCUCAAUACGGACGUUGACGCGUUUCUCCAUGUAACGGUUGCCAACGAUCUUGUAGAUCAAGACACCAACGGAAGAUUGAGUAACGUUAUAAACGAUACCGGUCUUACCGUGGUAGUACUUGUGAGGCAUACCCUUCUGGACGGCACCAUUGGCCUUAAUGUCGACAAUGUCACCAACCUUGUAGGUCUUCAAGUAAGUGGACAAACGAAUUUGACCAUGCUCUCUGAAGCCACGUUGGAAGGUGUAACGGGUACGAGCUCUGAGACCGAAUGAAUGAGGCAUUGCUGUUCCUGGUUAAGCGCAGAAUGUCCGUACAAUUUCUCUUUGUGGUGUAGAAACCACUGUGACUGUUUUUUAUUGCGUUACAAUACACUAAAUCAUUGAAAACCGUAAUGUAACGAUGUGAAAGGUGAAGCUUAAGAAAAACAAAUUCCAGCAAAAAUUGUUUUUAUGCCAUAUUGAAAAGUAUAUUUUUAAUAAAUUCCAAUCCUACAGUGCUA